GCAAUAGAGCAAGUUUUGUCUCCGGCGAGGGGCGGCCGGGUCCCACCGCGCUCGGCAGCGCCGGCAGCAUGGCCGCGGCGCCCCUGGGGCGGGCAGCAGCCCCCGUAGCGGCGGCAGCGCCCCGCUGAGCUCCCCGGGCAGCGGCAGCGGGAGCGGCCGCCUCCGCCGCCCAUCCGGGCCGCCAGCCCGCUCGCCGGAGAGCGGCGGUCCCCCGGCCCGGCCCGGCGCGGCACCAUGUGGGGCGGGCUGCACCCCCAGCCCGGCUUGCGCGGCUAUAAGGCGGGCUCGGAUUAUUCCUCCGUGGGAUGGUUACCUGGUACUGAAUCCCUGUGGCAGUCCUCAACGAUUUCGUCAAGCAAUCAAAACAAUCCUGUGAGAAGACACAGCAUAGCUUCUGACAGCGGGGACACUGGGAUUGGUACCUCCUGUUCUGACAGUGUGGAAGAUCAUUCAACUUCAAGUGGUACAUCAUCAUUUAAGCCCAGCCGAUCACUGGUUUCUAUUCCCACUGCCCAUGUGAUGCUGUCUAGUGCCAGCUCUUCACUUUCCAAACACAGGGAAGCUUUCAAGUCUGAUGGCUCAAAAUGGAGUACAAGCUUUGUACGGUCAGGAGGAGGCAGAAAUCAGGGAGCCCUGGACAAUUCUCUUGACAUGAAAGAUGCAAGACCUGUGAGAAAAUGGUCCUCCUUGUCUAAACUCAGCUCACCAAAUAAUUUCAGCCAAGAUGGAAGUAGUCAUUCGGUGGAAUACAGGGCUGGUACAGACAAAGCUGUGCCUCCUCAAUUAAGGACAAAUGGGCCAAGUUGUUUGCAUGACAGCAUGGAGCUGCUAAAAAUUGAGGACAAAGAAAUGGGGAAAAAACGAUCUUCUCUACUGGACUGCAAAUACAAAUUUGAAACGUGCAGCAAAGACGACUUUGUUUCAGAUUCCCCAAGUAGGAGACAUGCCUUAGACUUGACCUACAGUGCCUUACCUGAAAGCAAACCUGCGGCAGGCGGCUGCGAAGCUUUUGGCCAGAGAUACGCGACACUGGGACAGCAGGCUGUGAGCGGGGCUCCCAUACAGCCGGCAGUGAGGACUCAGAUGUGGCUCAAGGAGCAGCUACGGGCAAAUCCCCUGGACUGCAGGCCUGCUGAGGAGCCCUAUGGUGUGCCUGCGUGGCACAUGCAGCAGCUUGAAGACUUUAGAGUAGCAGGUGACCAGCCUGUGCAGGUUUCACCUGGAACAUCUCGUUCAAAUUACCCAGCUACAAGCUAUCAGGACUCCAGCAAUUGGGAAUCUCUAAUGAAAAUCAAAGAAGGGCUGCUGAGACAGAAGGAGUUUGUGAUUGAUAGGCAGAAUCAACAAAUUAACAGUUUACAUCAGAAGAUAAGGGAGAAUGAAAUACGAGCUCAACACGCUAGACUGAGCCAUCUUGUGAACUGCGAAGAGCCAUACCUGACUAAUUUACAGCAACCACAGUAUGAGAGCACAGCACUGCAACCUCACAUUUCAGAAAGAUCAGCAUCCCACCUCGAGGAGCUUGAGCGAAAGAUUGCAGCAGCUGAGAGCAAGGAAUUGCAACUCAGUGAAAUUGUGAAACAACUUUCAAACAAAUCUAGUGAGGAGAAAAAGAAGAUGGAGGAGAAACUUAAAACUAGAGACCGAUAUAUUAAUAGCCUGAAAAAGAAAUGCCAGAAAGAGACUGAGCAAAACAAAGAAAAGCAAAGACGAAUUGAAACAUUGGAAAAAUACCUGGCUGACCUUCCAACACUGGAUGAUAUAGAAGGGCAGACUAAACAGCUUCAAAUUCUAGAAGAGAAGAACAAGCAACUUCAAGAAACCAUGGCUGAGUUGGAAAAGAAGCUCGGAGAGGCCCGGUCACAGUGCAGAGAGAGAGAAUUACAGCUGGCAUCGCAGAAGAAAAAAGAAAAAGAGCUGGUCACAACAGUGCAGAGUUUACAACAGAAGGUAGAAAAAUGCCUGGAAGAUGGUGUUCGGCUUCCUAUGUUGGACACAAAACAGCUUCAGAGUGAGAAUGAAAGUCUCAAGGAGAAGAAUGAGAAAGCCAGUAAGAUUAUAGACAAUCAACAAAAUCAGAUAACUGGACUGAUUUUGGACAUGCAGUCUAUGCAAGAGAAGCUUUCACAAGAAAAGCUGAUAAUUCAGAAGAUGACAAAUGAACUUGAGGAAAAAGAAAGACAUAUAGAGCAGCUCAAUAAAACUCUCUCUGAAAACCAAAGACUGAUGGAAGAGAAUGCCUGCCUGAAGGAGCAGAUGAGGCUGGUGGAGCAGUCCAGGCAGCCAGUAUCUGAGAAGAUGCCUGUAGCAGACCAGUUGUUCAAGGAAAUGUCCCACUGCUUGUUUGACUUGAAAGCACUGUGCAGUAUUCUCACCCAGAGAGCUCAGGGCAAGGAGCCUAACCUUUCAUUACUGCUGGGAAUCAGAUCACUGAGCUGCUCAUCUGAAGAGAGUGAAAAUUACCACAGCACAGAGACCCUUUCGAAGAAGCUCUCGGACGUUUGCCAGCUGCGGAAGGAAAUUGAUGAGCUAAGGACGAUCAUGUCGGACCGUUACGCUCAGGACAUGGGGGACAACUGCAUCACUCAGUGACAGCACUCCGUCCUGUAGCGAAUGACUUGCUAGGUCCUGCUGUGUCACAGGUCUUUGCAUUUCCAUUAAGGAGCCAUAUGGGAAGGCUGCAAAUAGCACCAGACACGCAUCUCCGAGGGCUGUGUGUAAUGGAUCUCGGGAGUCUGGUGUGCAGGGGGCAGUCAUCGUGUGAACAGUGGUACAAACUGCAAGAAGUCUGUUCUCCAAACUACUGAAUGUAGGAACAAGCUGUGAAGAAUGAUUCAGUUGGACGCUCUGUUUCCUUCAUUUGGGCUCAUUUUAUUGCUUUGCCUAGGUUUUGGAUCCAGAGCUUUGGAACAGCCGUGCUGCUACAACUCUGUCCUUUCCUUCAUCAAGGGUUUGUGUGGCAUUAUCUGAGUUCAGAUCUUAGGGGAGAGGGUUCAAGAACCUAUGCAUGUGUAUGUCUGGCUGUACAUGAUGAAGCCAGAGGCUUCUGCCACUGCACUUCACUCUAAGAAUUGCAAUUAGAACAAUCUUGGAACACUCAAAAAAUAAUUGCUCUCCAAGUUGUCAAAAAUUAGGAUAUAAGAAAGAUGUUUUUAGUAAUGGAUGUCUACUUUGUUUGUCCAGUAGCAGAAAAAACCCAGGUUUAACUCCUUUGUGCAAAUGAGUCCCUAAAAUAUAGCUGUAUCAGAUAGUUUGAAAUACUCUCAUGCUGCUGUAAGAAGUUUCAAUCGUUCAAAGUCUGUGACAAACCAGAGAAGCUGUAAGACAUAAAACUGCAGCAUAUUCCAUGGCUAUAAGAAAAAAAUCCCCAAAACAACCAGCAACUGUAUUUUAGUGUUUGUGCUUAUUUUUCCCCUUAGGUCCUUUCAAUUUCCAAAUGUUGCUGUAUUUUGUUCCUGAAGGUCUCUCAUAAAGGUUGUGCACCACCUCAGCCAUUUUUAGCACGACUACAAAAAGGGUGUUUGACUCUUGGCAAAAUUAAGGCUCAAAACAGAAUGUUUCCAGUUAGCAGUACAAAAUACUUGGUUAUCUGAGGACUGAAAAAUUUUCCACAUUGUUUGGAAAGUCUUGAUUUCUCCAUUUUUGUAGGAAGCAGUUACAUAAAAUAGUAAGCUCAUGUUCCAUAGCUUAUUCAAUGAGUGUCACUUGGCAGUGCUCUUUAACUGCCAUGGAACAGAUGAUGUUUCCAGGAACAUCACUGCAAGUUAGUUGCACAGUUAUGCAUGGUGGGAAAUAGUAUUUAACUGAAGGAAACAAAAACUUGCAAAGAGUAAAACCACUUUUAAAUCCCACUGUUAAGAAAAAAAUACAUGCAUCACUUACUUGUAUGGUAUUGCAAGAAGGUUUCGGAUCCUUAGGGUGCAAGUCAGUCAACUGAUCUGGAGUGGGGAUAACAGCAGAAAUCUCUUGGAAAGCUUAGCAAUUCAAACCAAGUUAAUUCUAGGGUAACAUUUUUAUGGCAAAAGUGAAUAUUUCAGUUUUCUGAUUUGGUGAUGUGUUGCUUUCUGUUCAUUGUUUAACAGUUAC